AUGACAGAACAUUAUUUUAGCGACUUGAGAUCUAUAUUCCUUUUAAAAUUCUUCUCAAUUCCCUACGUUUUGGCGCUAUGCUCGCCAAAUUGCUACUGAUAUUCUGUAAAUUCUAAUCAGAUCGGUGAUGGGUAUUGUGAUACCAGCUGUAUGACACAAGGCUGCAGCUUUGACGGAGGUGACUGUGAAUGAUAUUGCUCUUAUUAUACUAAUUGCACUCUAGCAAGUAACGGAGUCUGCGAUUCUUCAUGCAAUUCAGCUUACUGUGGUUUUGAUCAUGGAGAUUGUGGAUACUGCUCAAAUGGCUGCACUUUAGAAUUUCUUGAAGAUUCAGUCUGCCACUCAGAAUGUAAUAAUUAUUCGUGCAAUUUCAGCAAUUUUACCUGUGUAAGCUUUAUUUAG